CAAAUGGGCGAAAGUCGCAAACGUAAACAUUGACAUCUUCUGCUGAUUUCCGGAAGAUUAGAGACUUCUGGCGGUAUUUCCACUUCCAGAAGGCGCGGAGCGCCACCAGUUCCAAGUGGUUGUUAUUUAGCUGAGAGCGGUCCUAUUAGUUGUGGAAUUUGCAUGAAAAUGCAUUGUUUACGUUUGCGACAUUGGCCCUUAUGAAACAACAGUGUAAUAAUAAAUUAUUUAUGCUUGCAUCAGGGAAAAGUUCGUGUACGUCAACAAGUUCAACGUGAUUUUGUGAUUUUUUGUUUUAAAAAUGUUAAUGUCUUUUGUGAGUGAAUAUGCCUUAUGUUUCCAAAAAGCGUAAAGCUGCUUUCGCAGUUUGGGCACUCCGGAAAUCUGUCCAAGGGACAUUAUCAUCGACUAGUAACUCAGCGCACACACGCUCAAUGGCCGAAACUUUGGACGUUCAAGUCGAGGAUCCAAGUCUUUCGGAAUCACCGAUCGACAUCAAAGAGGAACCAAUAGAACUGGAAGCUAAUCCCUUCGAAAUAGAUCACUCUGAGGAAAUCAAGGUGGAACCACUAGAACCGCUCGUAGAGGAACCAGACCCAAUAGGAGAAACGCCGAUUUUGGAUCAACCCGGUCUAAACCCAUCAAAAACGUAUACUAGAUAUCGAAAAUUACCGGAUACAGAAAUACGAUGCCGAUUUUGUUUGAAGCUGUUUGAAAUGGGAAAGCACCAAGGAUUUGUAUCACGAAAAAUGGCGGAGUACGUUUUGGGUGUGCAGACAUGGGGAUCGCACCGAGAUGGCCCAAGUUGCUGUAAGGAAUGUAAGAAAAUGUUUGAGCUAUUUUAUGCUUUCAAACGAUCCUGUCUUGCGGCUUUGGUUCACCCGAGUGUCUUGUUGGCUUCCGUCCGACAGAAGAGUGAGGAUGAGGUCGAGCAUUCGAUUCCGGCUCAGAAGAACAUUCCUAAAAAACAAAUUUCAAAUCCUUCGGCGAAUCAACAACAGCCUCAGAUAGUGAACACUGUUGAUCCUCCUGUAAUUUCGAACAAUGAGAGCUCUAAUCAUAAUAUUAAGGAACGACCGGAAACGCAACCGAUUGAGUCUCAGCAGAUCCACACUAUGGAGUAUGCAGUGGAAAUGUUGCCACCUGGCGAAAGUUCUAAUAAUACAGAGAUAGAGAUGACAAGUACCGAACAUUUCGAACCACAGACAGAAGUCUUCAAUCAAACUACUGAAAAACCAAUGCUUGAAUGUCAGAUUUGCUGCGGAAAAUUUACAGAUGCGUCGGUUCUUAAACAACACUGGCAGUCCCAUUUUGGGACCAUCUCAGCAAAGGAAACUGCAACAACCUCCGUUGUCCAAUCUUUCAACGAGGAUUCUACUUCUAAAGCUAUUGGACAAGAAGAAUCAGAUACAAUCGAACACCAAUCUUCAGAUCCACAAAUAUCUCCAAUUGAGCUGGUUCCUACCGAAGAGAUAAGUACUCAGGGGAAAAUGAUUCCAGACAGCGAAAAACAAACCAAUCUCGAACACAAAAAAGACGGAAUUAAGUACUGCGCACGCUGCCAGAAAUACUUCGGAACAGAGCUAAUCUUUACCCACCAUAAACCGUACUGUAUCAAGGCGCCAAGCAAAAAACGGCCCAGUUUUCCGUGCAGUAAAUGUCCACAAACAUUCAGUGUUGAACGGAAAUAUCAGCUUCACAUGAACAAACACAACGUCAUGUUGAGCCAACAUCAAUCGAAGAAAUCAUCUAACAUUGAUUUUGAUGCGCUGGUGAAAGCCAUUAGAAGAUGUUCGGUGGAAAAAGUGGCGACAAGAUGGGCUGCUAAGGCGUACUCAAUCCCUCGGUCUACUCUUCAACGCUACUUGAAAAAAGUGGAAGAGACUUUUUCUGACGUUGAAAACGUCGAUGAUUGUCAAUUGUUGGCCUUCGUGCAUGAAUGUAACGAGCGUGUGGCAUCAAAUAAGAUCUUCUCGACUGACCAGGAAAACGAUUUGGUCGGAUAUAUCCUCAAAUGCGCCAAACACGCCUGUGGCCUAAACGUCAACGAAAUGCGUGAGUUGGCUUACCAGUUCGCCGAGCGGCUUACCAUUGAGUUCCCGGAUAAAUGGCUAGAGGACAAAAAAGCCGGGGUAGUAUGGUACAAAAAGUUUAUGCGUCGCCAUCCCGAACUAACCUUGCGAAAGCCAAAGCAAACCACCAUAAAUUGCGUCAGUGCUUCCCCCAACCACGAAGUCCAUAAAACUCCAAAAACACUGCAACCUACUUCUUCUGCCUCUGGUUCUCGUUCUAUAUCAUCGACCAGCCUCUUUAUUCUGGAAAAAAUUCGUCCAUUGAGAGGUGUCAGCCCAAAGAAGGAACUCGGAGUACGAACGGUUCCCUGCCGCCGAGAUGGUUGCACCAAGAUGUUCUUCGAUACGAGCUACCGUCACACGCACGAGAUGUUGUGCGGUCAAGACGUGAAGAUUAUAUGCAGCAUUUGCGCUGCGAUUGUCCGUUCGAAUGGUGCGCUAAGCGCCCACAUGGCUACCCACGAAGCACCAAAGUGGAUCUGUGAGAUAUGCAACAAGGCUUUCCAUACGAAUGCGCGGCUUAAGAAACACAAAGGCGUUCACUCGGAGGAACGCAAGUUUGUGUGCAAAGUCUGUGGCAAAGGGUUCAAAUCGUACGAAGCGAAUCGAGUUCACCAGCGGAUUCACACACAGGAGAAGCCGGCCAAGCUUAAAAAGCACUACGCUGUGCACUCGGAUGUGCGCAAAUAUGAGUGCAAGGUCUGUGGAAAGCGCUUCAAGACGCUUUAUGCCAACCAGGUUCACCAGAGGAUCCACACACAGGAGAAACCGUACAUAUGUCAUAUCUGCGGCAUGGCAUUCACCUACAACUUUGCUCCGAAGAAGGCCAAGGCCGCUGCUUCCAAGGGUGCUAAGAAGGCAAAGAAACCCUCCACCCAUCCACCAGUCAAUGACAUGGUGCUGGCUGCUCUCGCAACGCUCAAGGAACGCAACGGAACUUCGCUGCAGGCUGUGAAGAAGUACAUCGGUGCAAACUACAAGUGCGAUGUGGCAAAAUUGUCUCCGUUCAUUAAGAAGUCGCUGAAGAACGGAGUCGCCAAGGGUGCACUGGUUCAGACCAAGGGCACCGGUGCGGCCGGAUCGUUCAAGCUAAAGUUGAAACCGAAAGCCAAGGCUUCUGGCGAGAAGGCUAAGAAGAAGGUGGUCAAGAAACCGGCCAAAAAGUUGACCGCUGGAGUGGCCAAGCCAAAGAAGGCAACGGGCGUCAAGAAGGUCAAGCCUGCUUCGGCUGGGGGUGCUAAGAAGAAGGCAACCGGUUCGAAGCAAAAGACCACCAAGCCCUCGAAGAGCGCUGCCAAGAAGCCAAAGACCCCAAAACCAAAGAAAGCUACCGGAGCAGCGAAGAAGGUUGCCAAGAACAUCUUUCGCCAGUUCGAUGAUAGACAUUACACUGAUAGCAUCGUAUCAAUCAUUACAAACAUGGCCGCCGAAGAGGAAAAACAAAGCGAAGCCACCGACGGAGAGCAGGAGGAGGCCGCGAAGGAAUCCCCCAGCAAGGAAAAGAAACCGAAAAAAGCCCGCAAAACCAAGGAAAAAACCGAUGAAUCGUCCGACGGGAAGGAAAAGCCAAAAAAGACCUACCCUCGGAACAUGGACAAUCCGUCCAUCCACGAUAUGGUCAUCGAAGCAUUGGACGUACUGGAAGAACGCAAGGGCGUUACGCUGAUUGCCAUCAAGCGCUACCUGGAGGACAACUACAAAGUCGACACAGUCAAACAGGCGGCCCACAUUCGCAAAAUUAUCACCAAGUGCGUAGACGAUGGCGAUAUCAUUCGGACGCGCGGUGCCGGUUGCAGUGGACGCUUCAAAGUGAAACACACCAAACCAUCGGUGAUCAAGAAGCGACGCGCGCCGGAAGACUACCAGGAACUGCCCAAUCCACCAAAGUCAAAGCCGCGUCCGAAGCCAGCAAAGAAGAAGGAAACGACAACAACCAGUACAACUCCCAAAAAGGGCGCCAUCGCCGCCAAGAAAACUCCAUCAAAAAAAAUUAUUGAAAUACAACUAGAGCAGAGCUACUUCUACUCCGCUGGAGAUAUCACGUCAGAUUUAUACAAGUGGCCGGUACAACAGCAAUUUUUGCACACAACAAACAAUAGACAUCAUUUACCAAAACAUCAUCAUGGCUUGGCCAAAACAAUUUCAUCGAAGAUUACAAAUUUAGACGGCAGUACAAAGGAACCCACACGAGAGGAGCAGCUUAAGAGGCGAAACAAUGAGAUGAACUUGAUGGUUCUUAUAGUUCCUGCUAGUGCCACCGUGAAGCUAAUCGUUGAGAUGGAGAUUAGUAAAACUACCAUCGGGAUUGCAGCCGGCGUGACCGGAACGCUGUUCCUGGGCUACUGCAUCUACUUCGAUCACAAGCGCCGCAAAGAUCCGGACUUCAAAAAGAAGCUGCGAGUGAGGCGUGCCACCGUGAAGCUCGGGUCCGGAAUCGUUGAGAUGGAGAUUAGUAAAACUACUAUCGAGAUUGCAGCCGACGUGGCCGGAACGCUGUUCCUGGGCUACUGCAUCUACUUCAAUCACAAGCGCCGCAAAGAUCCGGACUUCAAAAAGAAGCUGCGAGAGAGGAGGAAAGCGACGAAGGCUGUUUCGGCUGCUGGAGGGCCACGGACGACGAUGCCCAACAUGGCAGACCAUGAAGAAUUAGAAAUGCCGAGGCUAGCUAAAAAAAAUAGAGCCGCUAAACUUCGGGAAGCCAAAAAAAAGUUGAUCCGGGAAACAACCAAAGCUUUGCUAAAUAUGUCCAACCAAUCCGCUGGGCAAGGAAUUUGGUCAUCCCAGCUAGUGCUGAAACCCCCCGAUCAAAGCUCGGCAUCGUUGGAACCAAACAUCACAAUGCAAAUCAAAGAGGAGCCACUCGAUCUGGAAGUGAACCCCUUCGAACCGGGACAUUUGGAAGAAAUCAAGGUGGAAUUAGUGGAACCGAUUGAAGGGGAAACGGAUCCAAUCGGUUCAUUGUUAUCUGCUCCCACUGAAUCUAAAGUUGAGUUGGAGCCAAAGAAGCGCAAGUCUAAAGUCAUUAAGGAGGAUUCUUGCGAUACUCGCUGUCAGUUUUGUCUGAAACUGUUAACAGAAUCCGGAGGGCGCGGACCUAUCCGCCGGAACAAAAUUGUUUUCGUGCUUGGCGCGCGUAAGUGGGGUUCGCCUCGCGAGCGUCCGAACUGCUGUAAGAAUUGUAAGAGGAUGUUCGAUUUGUUUUAUAAUUUCAAGCGAUCCUGUUUGACCGCUUUAGCUCGACCAGAGUUUCUGUUGGCAAGCAUUGAGAAGAAUAUUCCUAACAAGAUGAAUUCAAUACUAUCGGUGUCGACAAAGAAGGUAAAUCAAAGACUCAGAAAAACUCAACAGCAAUUGAAGUUGCCACAACCAAUUAAGGAAGAAGAAACCUAUCAAGCAGUGGAGAUUUCAGAAACAAAACCACCCUCCGAAGUUUCACCAUCGUCAGAUGAAGAAUCAGAUAUCGAAAUUGUUAACAUUGUUGAAACAUUACCAGCUGCAGAUCUGAACGCAGAUAGCACGAUGGGACAUUUAGUUUCGGAUGAGACAAAUCUAUCGGACAAUGCAGAUACUAAGCAAUUGAACAAAAAGAAAAAUAAAGAAAGAAAAUACUGCUUCCGUUGUAAGCAAUUCUUUGCAAAUGAAAUUAUUUAUGAUGAGCACAAACCUUCUUGCACCAAGCCGCCAAGAGAUCCACCCCCUUUGGCCUGCCCUGAAUGUCCAAAAAGGUUCAAUAGAGAAGAUAAGUUAAAUUUACACAUCAACAAACACAACGGAGUACGAACGGUCCCCUGCCGCCGAGAGGGCUGUACCAAGAUGUUCUUCUCUACCAACUACCGCCACAGUCAUGAAAUGCUUUGCGGUCAAGACGUGCAGAUAAUUUGUAGCGUCUGUGCUGCAAUCUUUCGCUCAAAGGGCGCCUUGAACGCUCACAUGGCUACCCACGGAGAUCCGAAGUUCGCCUGUGACAUAUGCGACAAGGCUUUUCAUACAAAUGCCAGACUUAAAAAGCACAAAGGUGUUCACUCGGAGGAACGCAAGUUUGUGUGCAAAGUCUGUGGCAAGGGCUUCAAAUCGUACGAAGCGAAUCGAGUUCAUCAGCGGAUUCAUACUCAGGAAAAGCCAUACGUUUGCCACAUCUGUGGGAUGGCGUUCACCUACAACUGCUUGCUAAAAACCCAUUUGGAGAAGGGACACGAUCAGUUUGAAUUGGAUCAGAAAGAGUCGAUGACGGCAGCCAGGGCCAUUGAUAUGGCUGGCAGCUUUGUUUGAAGGAUGUAAAAACAAUGAUGAGUCAGUCCUUAAUUAUGAAUAGUUUGGAUUGUCGAUUUCGUAAUAGAUAUAAAUUUCGUUGGAAU